UAUUAUCUAGCUCACUCUGGCUCUGCGCACAUUUUUUCCGCUUCUCUGUUUCAGUUUAUUGAUUCACACCCACCUGCCAAAGUUUUCCACUUUGAGUGCUUUUAAAAUGUCCCAGAGUUUUGUGCCAGUACCAGCGGGCAGCGAUUUUCCCCUGGAAAAUUUGCCCUAUGCUGUCUUCUCAACCGAAAACAAUAAGGUUCAUCGUAUUUGUGUGGCCAUUGGAGAGCAUGUCCUGGAUCUGAAAGCUGUCUCGCAGUUGUAUCCUUUGCAAGUUCAGAAAAGCCUUCAGGCGGAAACUUUGAAUGAGCUUAUGGGGCUGGACUUUGAAGCUUGGGAUGUGGUGAGGACCCAGACUCAGAAGCUUUUGUCCAAGGGUUCCGAACUGGAUCAGAAUGUGGACUUAAAGGCGGUUUCCAUCGUUUCCCAGUCUGAAAUCAAACUGCAUCUGCCUGCCCAGAUUGGCGACUAUACGGACUUCUACUCAUCCAUCCAUCAUGCCACCAAUGUGGGCAUUAUGUUCCGAGGACCGGAUAAUGCCCUGAUGCCGAACUGGCGCCAUCUGCCGGUGGGUUAUCAUGGUCGUGCAAGUUCUGUGGUAGUUUCUGGCACCCCCAUCCGCCGUCCCUUGGGACAAACCUUUCCCGAUGGAGCUGAGAAGCCAGUUUUUGGAGCUUGUAGACUUUUAGAUUUCGAGCUGGAGAUGGCCUUCUUUAUUGGUGGUAAGGGCAAUCAGCUGGGAGAACCCAUCCGCGUGGACGAGGCCUGGAAGAAUGUGUUUGGCUUCACGCUGAUGAACGACUGGAGUGCCAGGGAUAUCCAGAAGUGGGAGUAUGUGCCAUUGGGCCCUUUCACAGCAAAGAAUCUGGGCACCACCAUAUCGCCAUGGGUAGUGCCCACAGCUGCUCUGAAACCCUUCCUGCUGGACAACUUCCCACAGGAACCAGAAGUGUUGCCCUAUCUGCGCCAGAGCAUCCCCUUUAAUUUUGAUAUCAAUCUGGAGGUCUCUCUGAAACCUUCCGACCAGAACGAAUCGCUCAUCUCAAAAUCCAACUUCAAGCACCUGUACUGGACACCACUGCAGCAAAUUGCCCAUCAUACUGUCACCGGUUGCAACCUGCGUCCGGGUGACCUGAUGGCUUCCGGAACGAUCUCCGGCGAGACCCCGGAUUCGUAUGGAUCACUUUUGGAGCUCUGCUGGAAGGGCACCAAGACGGUGGAGCUGCCGGGUGGCAAGACCAGGAAGUUCCUGCAGGACUAUGACGAGGUCAUCAUCCGGGGACACUGCGAGAAAAACGGUCUGCGCAUUGGAUUUGGGGAGUGUGUGGGUCAGGUGUUGCCUGCCCACCCUGUGCCGCAGUAGGGUUACCUUUGGAUUAUAAUGAUUCUUUUUGA